UCUCUCUCUCUCUCUCUCUCUCUCUCUCUCUCUCUCUCUCUCUCUCUGCCAUGUUUCUGACGAGUAGCCGAGAUGAUUCUUAUGAAAACAGUCUUCUUCUCCCUGGCCCUUAUUAACUGGCCCAGAUGAUUGUAUGACUAGCUCACUGUGGAAAGCUCGAACACGUCCUGCACGCUCUUUCUGUGGAAGGAGUCACUCUUGAAUCUCUUGAAGUUUAAGGACUUUCUCAGAAGUAAGCUUUUGUUGCCAGUGCAAAGAAAGUGGAGACGUGUGACCUCACCCUCUGGCUCGGAGGGGCUCUACCCCUAAUUGUUUAAUCCCCGGUGCAGCUUUGGGCACAUGAUGAAAUCCAGUCAUUGCCCCGAGAGGGAAUAAAUGAUUACCUCAGCAAGACGAAUCAACACAGACAAACCUGAAGUUCAAAUCUCCUUCAGUCUCGAUGAGUCCUCAGAGCUGACCAAUGCAGAGGAUCGAUUCCCAUCUUUCCCUGACCUUGAGCAACGCUUGCAGCCAGUGUUGCCAUGUCAGUCUCUAAAGGAGUCUGUCCAAGUCUACAGAGACCAUUGCAGAAUGGCGAAAGAGUUUCACCAGGUUAAAACAGAAAUCGCUCUGCUGGAAGACAGAAAAAGAGAGCUGAUAGCUGAACUGGCUGAGGACGAGAGGGUCACACUGGAGAUCGCUAGACUGGAGGAAGAGUUCCGGCUUUUGACAGAGGAGAACCAUACCCUCGUCAGCAUGUACACGGAGCGAACUCAGCAGCUUGCAACUCUACGCAUACUCAAUCAGAAGAGGCAGGGUUCCUCCUGACCCUUGGCCUUUUGUGCAAUGGUCAGUAUGAAUAUGUUUCAAGAUUUUUUCAAUUAUGAGCCACAUAACACCGCAACAUUGGGGUCUGCUACAUUGUACAUUCAAUGUUUAACAUCCCAUUAGGUGUUUUAACCCCAACAGCAGUUCAAAAUGUUGAACUUUAUACUAUGUGAGGUCAGUACAUUAAAAAGGAAGGAUUGCAUUUUCUUUGAGACAAUUACAUCAGGUUUCAAGCUGUAUCACUAACUAACGAGGGAAAAUUGCUCUCUAGCACUUUUUUAUAAUACAGAUCUUAGAAUUCUGGGCAACUGUUAAGGUGACUAAAGGGAUUUAAUUCGGAACCUGGAUUUACAGUUUAAAAUAACCAUUAAUAAUGGGUACAGUCAGCUGUGUCCUGCAAAGCAUAAUAAAAAAUAAAUUGUGCUGAGAUAAUUCCAAUCUGAGCAAGAAAACACUUUCACACUAGUAAAAUUUACACAACUGGUUAUAUAAUCUGCACUAGAAACCUGAGGAUUAUCCAUUCGGACUCCUAUAUGAGCUCAGGUUUGGGGUUUGUAUGUUGUGUAUAGAGUUUAUGCAAAUAUACAGAAUUUUGACAUAAAUACAGAGCAACAGUUUGUUCUUUAAUUGUACUUUAUUAUAAUCAUAUUUAACCUAUAAAUUCCAAGCAUGCAAACAAAAUGUUAACCAUAAAGGAAUUCAGAAAAUGCAUGUGCACAUUACAUUAUGAUUAUGGUCAAAUUAAUCACAUCUAUAAUUUUUCAUUAAUCACUACAAUUUAAAUCAAUUAAUACAUAUAAGUAUAUAUAUGUAUAUAUAUAUAUAUAUAUUUGUCAAACACUGGUGCUGAAUCCAAUGAUUGAUCUGUGUUCUGAAUAUCUCAAUGAAAGUGUUUUUAUGUUUAAUUCAAAUUCACACUUCUUAUGAUAUCUUUCACCGCAAAGUGAUAAGUAAUGGAUAAAGAGGCAACAUUUCUAUUUUAUGAUAUUUUUAUAAAUAUGACAUCCCUGGUGGAGAACAUGCUGGGUUCUGAAGUGUUUUGUAAAGGAUCACAUCAAUCUUAUCAAUAAAUACUUUUUAAAGGUAAUUCUGUCUGUUUUAUCUGUUUAUUGUCUGCUCAUUAUUUGUCUGAUAUUCCGUACUUGGUUACUGAUAAACUAAGAUGGUCAUAUUACUCUUUAGUCUGUAAAUAUUAUGGCUUUUUAUAUGUUGGUGCAAGCUGUAUACUCUUCACUGUGGUGAUUACAUAAUAAGGAACUGAUUGUUAAAAAAAUGAGAUCAGCACAUUGUAGGAUUGAGAAAUGCUUUAAAAUGUGAUGUCUCACAUCCCACACAGCUUCUCCAGACAGCUUCAGAAAGAGGCAGUUGAUGUAGCAGUAGCUAGGGAACAUAAAACAUGAUACAUUUGAACACUGG